UCUUAUGUGCCCUUGGGCGGAUAGCAGAAGAUGAUGGGAACCACUUUGGAAACAAAAGACUGGACUUUUCUGGUCAGACUUGGAGACCUGUUUAAAAUGCUAUUUAGAAAGUUAACAAGAGAAGGGAUCGGUUACGUCCAAAGGGUCGCAAUAAAAAAAAAAAAACAGGAUCUUAUACAAGUAAGGAUCAAUCCAGGCGAGGCUUAUUCUGACACCUACACUCAGUGUGACAUCCAUUCAUCACUGAUUUUGGGCGUUUGUGCUUCAAUUAUUCCAUUUCCUGACCAUAAUCAGGUUUGCUAGUUUCGCUAUCUCUGACUGAUUCAUUUUUUUGUGUAUUUAUCCCCACGUGACACUUAUCAAUCUGUGGGUAAAGAAGCUAUAGGAAUAUAUGUCACCAACUAGCAAUGUCAAAUGGUAUGCUCUACUUCAAUUUCAAAUAAAAGUUGUAGACUGUCUAUAUAAAUAAUCAAAGUUGGAAGCUUCAAUAAUUGGUAUCUAAAAAAGUCUGGUUUGAAACUGGGUCAGCGAAAUACGGGGAGUAGACGCCUUUCAGUGUGUGGGACUGGUUCAUCUAUUGAAGUUAAUGUUGCGGAUCAGCCCCUCUUCAAGCUAGUAGUUUUGUUCAGUAUUUUCUGUCGAUUGUCAGCUUGUUCAAUUGACAUUAGAUGAUUCCAAUCACUAGACACAACAUCUUUCUUCUCGGUGGUGAAACUAUUAUGUUGUCUAGGCUAUGACUACUUUAGAAGAUAAGCAGUCGGAAGUAGUUGCUUCCCUUCUUCUAGUUGCUUGCUCAGAUUUUGAAUCUUUAUCUUAGGUUCGUCAAUCUUCUUCAGGUUAGGACUACUCCAGAUGAUAAGCAGUCUGGAGCGGUUGCUCCCCUUAUUCCAAUUGCAUACUCAGAUUUUGAAUCUUUAUCUUAGGUUCGUUGAUCUUCUCCAAGCCAGGACUACUCCAGAUGGUAAGCAGUCGAGAGUAGUUGUUUCCCUUACUCCAAUUGCUUACUCAGAUUUUGAAUCUUUCUCUCAGAAGAGAAAACCAGGAUAAGAGAGAGGAUAUGAUGCGAGAUUAUUCCACGUCAGCUAAUGUGGGGCCCAUCAGAAUGGUUAAAGAAAACGGAGGUUCGUCCAUAAAGCCCCAUUCACUUUGGCGCUAGAUCACUAUCAACCGGCUGUUUUCUCUAUUUCCCGUUCAUCCUUUUCAUUUUUGCAUUAACAUUGCCUCUUUUUGUGGGAAGCUAUUAUAGCAAAAGAACUGCUGAUUCUCUCUCACAGAAAAUAACUGGAGUUGCUUGAUCGAUCCAUGGCAUAUGAACAGUGCUUUGCGCAAGGAUGGAAACACGUCUCUGGUACAGGGGGAACAGAUCGAGAAACCAACAAGGGUUGCUUUGAUUGUAACAUCUGCUUAGACUUUGCCCAUGAGCCAGUGGUUACUCUCUGCGGUCACUUAUACUGCUGGCCUUGCAUCUAUAAAUGGCUUCAUGUCAAGAGUGUCUCUCUUGCCAUUGAUGAGCAGCCGCAAUGCCCAGUUUGCAAGGCUGAUAUUUCCCACACCACAAUGGUUCCUCUCUAUGGUCGUGGCCAAAUGGCCGAGGAAGUCAGGCCUGAAGCCAAAGCUAUGCAUCAAGACAACGUUGAUAUACCUCCUAGACCUUCAGCCUGUGGUAACCAGAUACUUGCUACCCUCAGCACACACCAGCAGCAGCUUCGAUAUCGAAAUCCUUACCAGCGACCAAAUCAUGACCCCCUUCUUUUUGGCAAUUAUGAAGAAGAUUUGCCAGCUCCUUCGCUAAACCUUGGUAGAACAUCGCUCAGUGGUUUUCACCAUCCGGUGGUAGGAAUGAUUGGCGAUUUCAUGUAUGCAAGGGUCUUUGGGAACUCGGACAAUUUAUACUCUUACCAAAACUCUUAUCAUCUAACAGGGAGCCGUAGGAACCGGUUGAGAAGACAGGAAAUGCAGGCAGAGAAGUCAUUGAACAGAAUCUCCAUUUUCCUCUUCUGCUGUGUAAUUCUGUGCGUUCUUGUCUUCUAAUGAGAUUCUGUUCCUGGAAACUCCCCCAUUUGCAAGACAAGAAAGAAAGGAAGAAGAACAAAGAUACUAAUAAAGUACAUCAUUGUCUUUGUAUUCUGUGUAAAGGUUUUUUGAGGUAAGCUCAUGGACAACUAUAUGUUUAUAUACAAUAUCCCCCCUACUUCUGGGUUAUAUAAGUACUUUACAUACAUAAUCAUA